CUCACCUCGGUACAGUGUUGUCCUCGAAAUGGCUAAGAGAAAGUGUUUUCUCGGAUGCAAACACUCAUUAUCUGUGCAUGGACGUCCCAGAGAAGACGGAUUAAGGCAGCAAUGGGAAGAUUUUAGUUUUCUGAGGAGCAAGUAACUCUUUCGCCGCUCGUGUGCUCUCGGCAUUUCACGAAUAGCAGUUUCCUAAACAAAUCUCAGUCCGACGCUGGGUUUGCGAAAAAGCUAAUCCUGAGGGCAACUGCUAUCCCGUCUUUACACGGCGGUGAGGACGACACCGCACCACACCCUGUCAGGGACUUGUCUGGUUUACCUCUGCGGUGAAAGAAUUGGCUCAGUAUAAAUAGAAGCAGCGCGUGUCUUCGUUACGACUAUUAUGUUAGAGACUCUAUUAUAAUAAGGACCUAGUAAAGUGAAAGCGAGUCAGUGGUGGUCCACCGGAAAGGGCGGGGCUUCGACUCUCCUUCAUUUCGUAACUUCCGCUAUGGGUCGUCGCUGUGUUUUUGGUUGUUCCAACUUCCGUAAUCUUUUCCCCUUUCCUCUUAACCCCUGGUUAAGAAGAAAAUGGCUGGAAUUCACACAUUUCGAAGAAGGGGGACUUUGUACAAACUCACGGCUAUGCGACAGGCAUUUUUCAGAGGACGCUUUCGACAAUUUGGCCAUGUACACUGCAGGGAUGGCUAGCUACCUUGUGCUUACAGAAAACGCGAUCCCUUCUCUGUACACUGUUGGCGCAUCUCCUCCUACUGUAGCCAGUGGUGGAGGCUUUUGCUCCGUGUUGCCGUCUGUACGACACGUGGCCUCCCAGACUGAUCCUCCAGAGACAAAACCAGAGACGGCGCCACAGACGAGAACCGUCGGCACACAGCUAUCGAUAAAAACUCUACAGAAUGCCUUCAGAAGUACAGCUACUCAGGCGAAAGUGCCCAGCAGAGAUUGCGGUGUCUGCACCCUCACCUUUCCCCUGGACAGUCCCAUACUCUUCCUACAACCAACCAUAGUAAAGAGACCGUCCAAGAGACCCCGACUCAGCCUUAAAGAAGAGGAGGAAGACCCCUCAGAAAGCAGCCUGACCGUGGUGGAGAAUUCAACGUGACUCUGAAGACGUGACGACUGUCAUGGGAUAUAGCAGUUGUGUCUUUCUUUUACUUUUUCCAGAGGUCUCUUCACUCAGCAGAGUUGAUGAAUCACAGCGCACCAGAACAAAAGAGGGCACAAAACGUGAGGGUUCGGGCUAAAACGAGUGCCAAGAAACAGAAUGACCCACUACAAGGUGUCUGCACCGAAUCAUUCAUGCUUCGUGAUGGACUUACUGGUAACGAGCUGAACUCAUUUGCGUCUACAUUUUCACAAUACUCUACUUUUACUACGUCUGAUGCAUAAAGCAGUGCACACACAGAAAUCACCAGAAAAGAGAGGGCGUGUUGCUCCUCAGAAGGCACUGAACCCCCGGCUGCAAAAUUGAAACUAUUUUAAUCACAGAAGCCUAGUUCUUUGAGGCAACUCAUUCCUUUGUCCUUUAUUACAUUUGUGUUGUUCUUUUGAAAUUUGACAGAGAAAAUAUGUUUAAUAACCACAAAACCAGAACCACAUUUUAAAAAUGUGUUAAGUGUUUCAAGCAGUUUCACUCAGAGAAGUUAAUUUUAUAAGAAAAGGUAAACGUGCUCACGUUGUGGCUGCAGAGCAAAGGCCUCAGGAAAGUUCUCAUUUCACAUUUCACUGGUUCACUUUUGUAAAGUCGGCUCCUGUUACGAGGAGAGUGGCAUCAAUAGCAGGUCAGCAAUUACUUGGUUGUUGUUUUUUUUAUGGAAAAUAUGAAAAAUGCAGGUCUGGUAGAUGUGUUGUAAUAAAACACAGUCUUGUUAGUUCUA